UACAGGAUCGAGUAUGCGAAAUCAGGGCGCGCCGUGUGCCAGAAUGGGGAAUGCAAGAAGCGCGCUUUGAAAAUCCCAAAGGGUGCCAUGCGUCUUGGUGUGUGGGUGGAUGUUCAAGGGCAUGGAUCGUACAAGUGGCGUCACUAUGGAUGCAUCACUGACCGUGUCAUGAACAACAUGCAUUCGGAGUUUGGAUCG